AUGCUGAAAAUAUUGCCACAUAUUGUUCAACACCUGGAAACCAGCAAUGUUACCAACCUGGAUGACGAGACCAAGGAAGUGUUCAGGAGCUUAGUCGCCUUCGAGAAGACCAAACAGGUCUUCGGGAUUGCGGACGAGGAACGAACCGCGGUCAGACUCAUCCAUGACAUUAAACAGAAAGGAUCUAAGGCUCAGUAUUAUACCCUGUUCAAACAAUUCUCUGCCAAGUUCGACGGGAACGACGAAAUGUACACAGUGGCAUAUUACAACGACCUGAAUGAUAGGGUCAAAGAUAAAAUGGACAUGAUACCGAAAACCUAUCAAAAAUUGGUUGACGAAUCCAUCAAGAUCAACAACCGUCCGUGGAACGACUCCAAAAGAGGAAAGGUUGAACAGGGAAGCUGUCGAACAAAGGUCUCAUUGAAUGACUGA